AUGAAAUAUAAAAUCCAACUUAGGAUGCAAAUAAACAAACCAUCAUUUUAGUUAGAUAAACACAGAGAGAGAAAAGAGGGAGAGAGAGAGAGAGGGAGAGAGAGAAUGGGGUUUCAGAAGGAAAACUUAGAUGUAAUCUUGGUCCCGAGCGGUUUGCUGAUCAUGCUUGCUUACCAUCUCUACCUCCUCUACAGAGUAAUAAAACAGCCUGAGACCACGGUUAUUGGCUACGAGAACCACAACAGGAUGGCUUGGGUUGAGAGAAUGAUGCAGUCUGAAUCAAGUAACCUGGGCCUAGCUCUCGCGGUGAUCUCAAGCAACACGACUGCAGCGACCUUCCUUUGCUCCAUGUCCAUUACUCUGAGCUCCCUCAUAGGAGCUUGGGUGGCAAGCUCUUCACAGAGCAUCUUCAUGAACGACCUAGUUUAUGGAGACACAAGGCAAUCCACCAUAUCCAUCAAGUACAUCAGCCUUCUCUCCUUCUUCCUCAUCGCCUUCGCUGCGUUCGUUCAGUCUGCGAGGUAUUUUGUCCAUGCCAACUUCCUGAUAAGCACGCCAUAUACCGAUAUGCCCAUAAAGUAUGUUCAGAUGGCGGUGAUAAGGGGGAGCAAUUACUGGGCGCUUGGGCUCAGGGCUCUCUACUUCGCCAUUAGUUUGUUGCUCUGGGUUUUUGGGCCGAUCCCCAUGUUUGCUUCCUCUGUGAUCAUGGUGGUUCUCCUGCAUAUUGUCGACAGCAACUCCAUCCCAUUGCAUCAGUACAAGAAGCCUCAUCUGGGGAAUCGCCUGCUGCACAAAGUGGGCGAGGAGGUGACUGCUGUAAUUAGGACCGUCGAACACCUUGGAGAGCAAGAUGGGAGGAGAUAGAUUUUUCUCCAUCCAAGAUCAGAGAAGUUAGGAUAUGAAAUUAUAAAGAAAGUAGUGCAAUACAGGAAUUCAGAUUCCCCUGAUUCAGGUAGUACUCUUCUCACAAAAACAAACCAAUGUUAAUUGAAAACACAGAUUUUGCAAUUUGAACUGUCCUUUUGACUCCUAUGUUUUGAUGGAUGAUUUCAAAUGGGUUACCUUUCUUUUGGUGAGUUCAGCCAACUUGGACCUAUUCAGACUUGCGUGCCAAAGUUGGUAUGGAUUGGUCCAUAUACCUUAUGGCCCUACAGGCUGAGGCCAUUCAACUCACAUGGACAGAGUGACCGACCACGUUAUUUAUUUAUUUGGUAGGUUAAUGGACCACACUCUGACAUUACAGAAAGAAAAUUUUGGUUGAAAGGAAGCUACAGAUACCUAAAAUUCAAUGUUGAAAGCUGGGUCAGCCCCCAGGGAAGUAGAGAAGUAAUGGACUAUCUCAAGUAACCAGUGAGGCAAGAGCAGAGCACUAGACUUGAUUUUUUAGGAGAGUUUGAAGUGAUUAAUGGAGUAUUAUUUGUAAGUUGUAUAGGUCAGUAGGCCACAUUGAAAUUAAAGGAACGAACGUAAAUUGCAAGUAAUUUUCAUAUAUUUUAAUAUUUUUAUUUUGAAGGAUUUAUAGCUUAUUAUUUGUUUCUUAUACACCAAGGCUGUGUUUUAUUGCUAUGUAAAAUAAUGAAGGGAAAAAAAUGAUUCCCCCAGAAUUUGAUAUUCAAUUGGAAAAUGAACCAUAUCCAUUGUUUUGCC